AUGCUGUAUAUGUGUUCUCACCUGAAUUACUCAGAAGGCUCUAUCCCAGUCAGGUACUGGGGGAUGCCCUUGAUUUCAAAAAAGCUUACUCAUCUAGACUGCUCACCAUUGUUAAGCAAAAUUUCAGAACAGUUUCAAGGAUGGCAGAACAGAAGGAAUCUAUCUUAUGCUGGAAGAAUUCAGUUGAUUAAAUCUGUCAUUGUAGGGAUACAGAAUUACUGGACAAGUAAUUACUAUGUGUUACCCAUCAAGGUUCUACAAAGAAUUGAUAAACUGUGCUCUGACUUCUUAUGGAACUGCAUGAUACAUUUAGUCUCUUGGUAUGAUAUAUGCAAAGAUAAGAAAAUGGGAGGUCUGGGAUUAUAUACUGCAAAGGAUUGGAAUCAUGCAGCUGCAAUCAAAUUGCUAUGGAUGAUUCACAUUAAAAAAGAUAUAUUGUGGAUUAAAUGGGUGCAUGAAAAUUACAUACACCAACUGGAUAUAUGGCAGGUUCAAUCAAAAGGAACUAAUUCUUGGAUGUGGAGGCAAUUACUCAAAGUAAGAGAUAUGGCACUUAGCAAAUUUGGUGAUAGAAACAAUCUUCAAAGAGCUAUGGAAAACUGUCAUGUAAAUGGAAAAUUACAGAUAUCAGCUAUAUAUAAUGCUCUGACCCUUUCAGCAACUUAUGCCACAUGGUCGGAUACAAUUUGGAGAGGCUUGCACUAUCCUAAACAUUCAGUUAUACUAUGGCUAAUCACCCUCUCCAGGCUACUGACGAAGGACAGAUUAUGCAAGAUUGGAAUGCUAAAUGAAAAUCGAUACUACUCAUGGAGAUCAUGCAACUGGGAUCAAGUUAUGAACUGGUACAGUACAAAUUUGAAAGGAAAGGGAUUCAUGAAGAAGAUGAAGAGAAUGACAUUGUCGGCUACUGUCUAUUGGAUUUGGAAGGAAAGGAACUUAAGAAUCUUUCAAGGAAAGCUCCAUACACCUGCUCAGUUAGUCAGAGAAGUGAAAACUACAAUCUUAUCAAAGGUGCUAAAUGAAAAUAUUCCUGAACAUAUAAAGGAUAAAAUAGGAAAAAUAUGUCAGGAAGAGGUCAUGGACGCCGAGUUUCUCGCGCUAAGGGAGUUGAGCAGGAAGAUAGGGAGCCCAAACCACAGUAGGCUCCGCAGUAUCUAG